UGUAUGGUCAGGAAAAUUCCAAUUAAUUUCUUUGAGAUGAGUGUGCAAGUUCAAUGAUUCCCAACAAUUAAAUGCAUCAUAUGGGUAAUAUGCAAAGCGGUCUUAGGACUUAACUCAUAUUGCUGGAAGUCACGGUGACGUGUCCAUUUUCACAAUGUGAUUACAGCAACAGAGACAAAGUCUGAAUCGGCUAUGCAACCUCAUGUCCAAGUUACAAGAUCACAUGAACUCAGAUGUUUUUAAGGAAAGUUGGAAAGAGUUUUAGGAAAUUUAUCUGCCACAUGUUGGGGGUAUGGCUCUGGAAUUCAGAGCAGGCCCCUUCUGAUUGGAGGAGGUUGUUUGAGAACCUGAGAGGGAGCAUGUAGCGGAAUUCCGCAGCUUUGAGUAAUUUUCUUGGUGCUCCACAUUGCCAACAUGGUUCCUCUGCUCCACCACGGACUCCUGCUCCUCACUCUGAGCUCUGUGUGCAGACGUACCAGCUCCGUCCCCAUGGAGAAACUGGCCAGCAGCAAGCUGUGUGCAGACAAGGACUGCUCUUAUACCAUAUCGGUGGCUAGAGCGAUCAGUGACUUCACUGCUCCAGACUGCAGGUUUAUCAACAUCAAGAGCGGUCAGAUGAUCUACGUCUAUUCCAAACUGGUUCCUGAGGAGGGCGGUGGAGUCUUCUGGUCUGGAAGUGUGUACAGUGACCGGUACGUGGACCAGAUGGGACUCAUCGGCUACUUCCCCAGCAACCUGGUGACCGAGAUGCAAGUGUACCAGGAGAGCACUGAGAAGAUGCCCACCACCAACUUGGAUUUCCACUGUGAUUAAGCCUGAGAAGAGGAUAAUGAACAAUAUCACACAUCACCAAUGAGAUAAGAAUGCUUCAGUACUUUUUUGUCAUUGGACUUAUUAGUUGAUGAACUUCAGCCCCUUUCAGUGGGGAAAUUCUUAAUUUUUGCUGUAGUAAGAAACUUAUUUCUCCUAAUUAUGAU